AUAAGUCCAAUCUGACGCCUGGUCGAACCUCUGCUCCGAUCCCUAGCAUUCGCAUCUUCGAUUACGCCCGCAGCCCCUUCUCGAUCGGUAACAGCCAUCGCGCCUCUCCCUCCUCCUCCAGCAACUCCGUAGUCUCCGUUCCGUCGCAAGGUCAUGACCUUCUACCCCUUCGGCCUAUCUACGAUCGUCUCCUCGUAGUUCCGGCUCCAAGUUCAUCGAGGUUUCUCCUAUUCACGCUGACCUUGGAUCGAAGCGGCAUUCACAUCUUUUGUUGGGUUGAAAUCAUAGUUUUAAUGUAGAAGAGAGGCACAUGUGUGGUUUCCUUCUCGAGUGAAGAUUACCAGGAAGAAGUACAUGACUAUGUCUUUUCUCAGGUCCUUCCCGGGCGUACAGUUGCCGCAAGUUCUCAGGCUAUUGGAGCAAGAUGUGGAGACUGUCCUCAACGUACUGCAGCCAGGACCUUUAGGAAUCCUUGAGCACAAGUUCUCGGUGGCAGAGGUGCAAGAAGCGAAGGCCACUGUUAGAAGAGCAAUUGAGAACUGGCGAAGGAAUUCGUCCCUCGUAAAAGUUGCUUCUACUCAGCAUAGCUCAGAAGGUACACCUUCACACAGCGGAUAAAUCUCCUGCUCCUAUGGUUGCAAGAAUUCAACAACAUCAAGUUCUGGGAUCACAAUUAGAUGCGAUUCACUAUUCUCUUGGCAUCAUCAGCAUGCUCCGAUCACUCUCUCUAGUUUCCUUUCAUCGUCUUAUGGAACCAUGUAAAUCUUCUGAGAAAGCGAGAAAUUGAAGCUAAUAAGGACUUGAUAGAAUUUUUCUUCAUCUGAAUCGGAAUUGUCAUGACUAUUUCUACUAAAGCCUAAUAUGUUCCUUUCA